CCGGAACUUCCGGUGACGUGGAGGCUGCCGCUCAGGACCGGUGUGGAUGAUGGCUGCUCCCCUGUGCUCCGCGCUGCUGCUCCUGGCCGCCCUGCUGCUCCUCAGCCCCGGGGCCCGCGCCGGCCCCCGCACCCUCAUCCUGCUGGAGAACAUCAACCUCCGGGAGACGCACUCGCUCUUCUUCCGCAGCCUGAGCGCGAGAGGGUUCGAUCUUUCCUUUAAGACGGCGGAUGACCCGAGCCUGUCCCUCAUCAAGUAUGGAGAGUUCCUGUACGACAACCUGAUCCUCUUCUCCCCGUCAGUAGAAGGGUCUGUGUGCGAUUUUGGAGGAAACAUCAAUGUGGAGAUGAUCAGCAACUUCAUUGACGGUGGCGGCAGCGUCCUGGUGGCGGCGAGCUCUGAUAUAGGGGAUCCUCUCCGUGAGUUGGGGAGUGAAUGUGGUAUCGAGUUUGAUGAAGAGAAGACGUCCGUCAUCGACCACCACAACUACGACGUGUCCGACCCCGGCCAGCAUUCUCUGAUAGUCACUGAUCCCGAAAACCUCCUGAAGGCUCCGACUAUAGUGGGGAAGAAAACCCUGAACCCCAUCCUGUUCAGAGGUGUGGGGAUGGUCGCCGAUCCGGACAACCCCCUGGUGCUGGACAUCCUCACCGGCUCCUCCACCUCCUACUCCUUCUUCCCUGAUAAGCCCAUCACACAGUACCCACAUGCAGUUGGUAAGAACACCCUCCUGAUCGCAGGGCUCCAGGCCCGGAAUAACGCCCGCGUGGUCUUCAGCGGCUCCCUGGAUUUCUUCAGUGACGCCUUCUUUAACUCUGCUGUGCAGAAGGCUGCGCCCGGCUCCACCAGAUACUCAAAGACCGGUAACUACGAGCUGGCGGUGGCCCUGUCCCAGUGGGUGUUUAAGGAGGAGGGCGUGCUGCGGGUUGGCGCUGUGUCCCACCACCGCGUUGGCGAAACGGAACCUCCCAGCGCUUACACGAUCACCGACCUGGUGGAGUACAGCAUUGUGAUCGAGAAGCUGUCAGAUGGGAAGUGGAUCCCCUUCGAUGGAGACGACAUUCAGCUGGAAUUUGUGCGCAUUGAUCCGUUUGUAAGAACCUUCCUGAAGAAGAACGGUGGGAAGUACAGCGUCCAGUUCAAGCUCCCUGACGUGUACGGGGUGUUCCAGUUCAAGGUGGAUUAUAACAGACUGGGAUACACUCACCUCUACUCCGCCACACAGGUGUCGGUCCGCCCCCUCCAGCACACGCAGUACGAGCGCUUCAUUCCCUCCGCCUUCCCUUACUACGCCAGCGCCUUCUCCAUGAUGUUCGGCCUUUUCAUCUUCAGUAUCGUUUUCUUGCACAUGAAGGAGAAAGAGAAAUCAGAUUAGGACACGAUCGGAUUCCACAGGACGCAGAGAUCGCAGCCGCCAUCGUCCGGGUCACGGGGGCCAGAAUGGAGCAGCGGGGGAUGGGACGGGACGGGGACAUUUAUGUUGUAAAUUUUUGGAUUUCUAUUUUAAUUUGUGGAAAUUUUUGUACAUUUGCCAUCACUGGGGAUAGGGGGAGGGGCUGUGAUGGGUAACGGGGGAGACACGCGGCGUAGGCUCCUCCCCUUGCAGUAGACAGUCAGGUUUUGGGUUUACAUUCAUGGGCACUUGGAGAUUUAUUUGGACCAUUUCUAAUAAAAAUAAGUGUUUCCC